CAUUGAGAUCACGUCCUGAAGCGGCUUCCACAGUCAAACCUGUCCAUCUGUGCCAACGAGUAGCGAACCACAUUCUUAAGACUUCCCGUUUGCGCCGGCGAGUCGCGCACCCACACUCGUCAACAUGCCGGACAUCAAGCGUACCGUUCGCGUCAUCACCAAGCAGCAAAUCAUCCACGAUGUAGAGCCGGAGGUGGAAGGCUUUCCUAUGCGCUCGUGGUCAAUCUCCAUCUACCUCGUUGGACCCGACGGCGACUCAAUCCCUGCGAGCUGCUACGACAAAGCAACCUACCUCCUUCACGAGACUUUCGGCAAGCGCGCGAAGCAGACGUUUAAGAGUCCGCCGUUCACGAUCAAGGAGCGAGGAUGGGGCGAGUUCGAUAUGCAGAUCGUGCUGACGCCGCUUGGGAGUCCGAAGGGUGGAGACCAGACGCUCCAGCAUGAUGUGAACUUUGCGCAGGAAGAAUACGAGAGCACGCACAGUGUGACAUUUCGCAACCCCAAAGAGCCACUUCUUUCCGCGCUGAAGGAGUCCGCCCCCGCUGGCGAGGCAACAAAUGGCGCAGCGCCCGCGGCUAAGCCCGAGAAGAAGAAGGCAAAGACCUCGAAGAGCGUCGACAUGGAGAAGCUCGCCGAAGCUCUGCCGCAACUACAAGAAGAUGACCUUCUGCAGGUCGUGCAAAUGGUGCAUGACAAUAAGACCGAAGAGACAUACACGAACAACGAUGUCGAGAACGGCGAGUUUCACGUCGACCUGUACACCCUUCCGGAUCCGCUCAUCAAGAUGCUUUGGGAGUUCUGCGAAAAGCGGGUGGACAUGAGUGCUAUGGGCUGAUCUUUAUGUGCGGUUCCAGCCGGGGAACGCACUCUUCCUUCACCUGGCCUGCUCUACCCUCUACACAGGCUUCUUUCGGCCACAAGGUGACUUUAAAACACGGCAAGUAAGCAAGUGUACUUUUACCAUGGGUCUCGUAUUGUUCAACAGACCAGCGUCACAGCGGGCAUCGAGUCUUUGGGCAUGGGACGGUGGCAUGUUGAUAGCGAUGGCGUUCGGCGUCAGUAAGCCGGACAACACGCGUCCAGAUAAGGCGAAUGCUAGAUAGCGAGCUGUUGAGUAGCAUGACAUGAUAUGCGUUCUGCUUUCCAUGCCUUUAUACGAUGGUUGCCGUUGCUG